AUGGCGCCCCGGUCUUCGAAACAGGGGGGCCACUCUGGCCCUCGAGUCCUGUACUGGUUCCGCACGGACCUGCGCGUGCACGACUCCCCGGCCCUGACGCACGCCUUGUCCCUCGCGCCCUCGGCCUUGAUCCCCCUCUGGACAUGGGAUCCUCACUACGUCUACCGCCAGCGCGGGGGCGCCAACCGCUGGGCGUUCCUGACCGAGUGUAUGCGCGAUUUGUCGCAGCGGCUGACGAACCUAAACGCCCGGCAGAAGCUAUUUGUCGUGCGAGCGGCCCCGCGAACAGUCAUGCGUCAUUUGCUCGAGCGGUGGCGCAUCGACGUCCUCGUGUUUGAGCAGGACACGGACCCCUACGCCGCCAUGCGAGACGACGAGAUCACCAGGGUGGCGGAGCGGUGUGGCGCGCAGGUUGUUUCGGUGCCGGGACGGACGCUGUUCGACUCGCGCGAGGUCGUCAGAAUGAAUGGGGGGAGGCCGACGAUGAGUAUGGCGCAGCUUUUGAAGGCGGCGGAGAAGAUCAACGGUGGUGUUCCCGCAAGACCGCUCGACGGGCCGACUUUGUUGCCGGACCCGCUGGACGCAGAGGCCAUGGAUUUGACGGCCUUGGAGGACGAACUGGACCUUCUGACGAGGAUGGACCGGAUCCACGAUCGUUCUCAGGUCCGGGCGAGCUGGCCUGGCGCUGAGGGACUGGAUGACUAUAAUGCCGUGCAGAGGACGCUUGGGGACGGGGCACAAGAGACCCAGUAUUCAUGUGGUUUGAUGGGUCCGGGCCGCGACUUUGGCGUCCCGACGCUGCAGGAGAUGGGGAUCGAUCCCGCGAGCGUGACGACGCCGCAUCGGGGUGGCGAGACGGCCGCUCUGGAGCUUCUGGCCCAACACGUCGCCGACGAAGAAUACGUCGCCACAUUCGAGAAGCCCGCGACGGCGCCGACGGCGUUUGCACCUCCCGCCACGACGGUGCUCAGCCCGCACAUGCACUUUGGCAGUCUCUCGUGUCGCAAGUUCUGGUGGGACGUGCAGGCCGUGAUCGAGAGGCGGCAGAAGGCGCACCAGCCCGUCAGUCACCAGCCCGUCAAUCUUCCCGGCCAGCUGCUCUUUCGGGAUAUGUACUUCGCGGCACACUGUCAGGUCGGCGUGUCCUUCGGGCAGCAGAUCGGCAACCCGGUCGCGCGGUUCAUCCCCUGGCACUUGCAGUCACGCUAUCGACGUGGUGCCGGGGGGCCGGACGGCGAACUCGUCCCCACGACGGACGGCACGUACACCGUCGACGACGCCAAGGCGGAGGAAUACUUCCAGCGGUGGAAACACGGCUGCACGGGCUUCCCCUGGAUCGACGCCCUCAUGCGCCAGCUCAAGCAGGAAGGCUGGAUCCACCAUCUCGGCCGCCACGCCGUGGCGUGCUUCCUGACCCGAGGAGGCUGCUACGUCUCGUGGGAGCGCGGGGCCGAAGUGUUUGAAGAGUGGCUCGUCGACCACGAGGUCGCGUGCAAUGCGGGCAACUGGAUGUGGCUUUCAUGUACGGCGUUUUUCAGCCAGUUUUAUCGCUGUUACAGCCCCGUGGCGUUCCCCAAGAAGUGGGAUCCCGAGGGGAAUUUUGUGAGGAAGUACGUCCCGGAGCUUCGGCGGUUCGACAAGAAGUACAUCUAUGAGCCGCAUAAGGCGCCGAUGGCGGAUCAGAAGGCCUGGGGGUGUGUGGUGAAGGGUAAAGGUGGUCAUGGUAAUCAUGGAGUGGAUGAUGUGGAGCAUAGCGGCCACGGCCACGGCUACGCAAUCUAUCCGAAACCCAUGUUCGACUUCAACGAGCGCAGGCAGUUCUGUAUCGAUCAGAUGAAAAAGGCCUAUGCGGUGGGAUUGUACGGCGACGACGAGAGGGUCGUCAGUGGUGAGUGGAAGAAGUUGUUCGAUCGAGAUGAUGACGGUGGAGUGGCCUGGCGGGAAGAGGCCAAUGGUGAUAUAGCGAGAGGCGAGAAGCGGGCCAGAGAAGACGGCGGCGCGGCUGAUCAUGGAGAUGACGAUGGAGAUGAAGACGCCAUGGGCGAGAAGGUCCACGUCGGUGGUGGUGGUGAUGAGACUCUCGAUCGCCGCGCGGCGAAGAGAAAGGCCGUGAAGGGACGGCCUGCCACGACGGGCAAGCAGCAGCGCACUUUGGAUUCGAUGGUUUCCAGGCUGAGAGUGAGGAGGUGA